AAAACAGUUUCUUGCAAUAAAGAUCAAUCCUUUGUCUUCUCAUCUAAUUUUGUAGGGCAUCACCCCGCUCACCGUUGAUUACUUCAACAAUGCUUCGGAACCUAGCUCGCCAGUCCCCGCUUACCUACUACUCUGCCGUUAACCGCCGCCCGCUGCUUCCCCUCUCUCUCCGUCGCCACUGUUCAUCAAAGCGCGAACCCAUCGAGAUGGAAUUGGACUUUUCGUCUCCCAACGAGUUAAAGAAGAUGGAAGAGACGAUCCAGAAGUUAAUUCUGCACAAGGCGACACCUGAUUGGCUCCCCUUCAUCCCGGGUGCCUCGUUCUGGGUGCCUCCGUCCCACGGUGGUUCUAAGAAAGUGGUUGAUUUGAUCGACAAAAUAUCCCAUAGGCUCCCCAAGGAAGAGGAACCCUCUAUCACCACUGACCAAGAUGCUGUGUUCACUGAUGGGAUACCAAAUUUGAAUGUGGAGUUGAAGUCAACAGAGCAGGAUGACGGAGGGGUGAUUGAGGUCGUGGUAUAUAUGGAUUCAAAGAACACGUCCUGAUGGGAGGCUUAGAAAGUAUAUAUAUUGCAUAACUCAAUUGAACCUGAUCCCAGGUACAUGCAUAUGGUCUAGUUCUAAGAGUUGGGCGUCUAAAGUAUUUUGCUUUUAUUUAGCAUGUUGCUUCUUUGAAUAGUGCAUUUAUUGGUGCAUUGUGGUGGUGGUGGUGUAAUGGUAUUUUGCUAAAGGAGUUUGAUUUUAGGACGAGCUGAAAAGACCUUCAGUGGAGAAAUUAGGGCGUUUGUCUUGGCAGCUUAACAUAGACAAUUGGAAGCUAGUAAUGCCGGAUUUGAAAAUCCUGAUUUCUUGGUUCAGUGGACCUUUUUUCAGUAUUGAUGGUUGAUGAUGGAACUACUGAAGAUAUGCAUUUGCCUCCUAAAAAUUAGUUUUACUUGAUGGCUUAGCACUGUUUCAUCUAGGUUUAUUUUAGUAGAUGGUAUUCCUAGAGAAGUACAAGAGUAAACUUAAUGUCAUAGCUAAUAUCUUCCAGAGCUUGAAGCACUAAAAGCAAAAUGAAUGUGAUUGCUUGAAAAAGGAAAAGGCUUAAGGAAUGCGUACAGAGCAAGAAAGAACAUGAUGAUUUUUUUGUAUUUUGUGUAAUUGCAUGAAGUUUGUGCAAGUUCUUCAUAGGCUAUCAGGAGUGUUGUGUUUAGCAGUAAACAGCUUUUUAGUCGAGUAUGACUUUUGUUUUCAUCGGAAGGUAAUAUGGGUUCCUGUGUUUACAUACAUAAUAAAUCAUUUUGUAUUGGUGAUCUGAAGCUCUUGUUUCUUGUAAUACUCCAUAGUUUACAAAUUUCAGUUAUGUUGGAAGUAGAGAAAAUGUUUCCUCCUAACAUAUUCAUGUUUAUUAUUUUCAGGCUCGUUCAUCUCUCUUCAAAUCUACCUUUACAUGGUUAUCG